AUGUCCGCUGAUGCACGUUCCAGCUGCAUUAAGAAAAAGCAGCUGUUCCUAAAUUGCUUCGCAAGAGCGGCUUCGACUUCCGCCCAAGCCCCCAGCUCAUCCGAUCCUCAGCCCAACGUACAGAGCUAUUUCGCCUCCAGCACAAGUACCGUUCUUCUGUGCACGGCACUCAUUAAUAUUUGUCACCUGGGGACCAAUUUCCGUGCCCACGCUCUGAUUGACUCAGGCUCCGAGGCGGCGUUCAUCACUGAACGUCUCUUUAACAUUAUUAAGCCAUCGUUCGAAGCCAUCCAGGCUCAACACUUCUUGGACGAGCUUCCAAACCUCCCGCUGGCAGACCCCUCCUUCCACCGAAGCUCGCAGAUUGAUGUGCUUUUAGGCGCUGACAUCCUUCCUUCUAUCCUGUUGAGCGGCUUCCGGUCUGACAUUUGUGGCUCGCUGCUGGGACAAGAGACCAUCUUCGGAUGGGUCCUAUCCGGUCCGGUAUCAGCUGACUCGACUCGGACGGUUUCCGCCUUCACCACGAAGCUCUCGUUAGAUUCGGACGUCCGACUCGAGAAGCUUCCCACCAAAUUCUGGGAGGUGGAGGACCUUCCGGGAAACCGACGAUGUCCAGAAAAUGUCGAUCUAGAACACUCCAGGUGCGCGGCACAGGCCCAGUUCCUUAAAAACGAGCAGCGUCUGCAGCGGAAUUUGCCGCUCAAAGAGCAGUACGACGCCGUUAUCCAGGAAUAUUUAGAGCUAGGCCACAUGAAAGCGGUUACACCCAGUCAUGACUCCGGCCAUUACUACCUUCCGCAUCACGCCGUGUUUAAACCCGACAGCACCACAACCAAACUGCGUGUGGUCUUCAACGCCUCCAGCCCGUCUUCCAACGGGAAAAGCCUCAACGACACAUUGCAUUCGGGGCCAGUCCUUCCGUCUGACUUGACCAUGCAAAUCCUGAGGUGGCGAGUCUUCCGCUAUGUCUUCAAUGCCGACAUCAGCAAGAUGUACCGCCAGAUCCAAGUGUCUUCCCAACACACGCCAUAUCAGCGAAUACUCUUUCGCGACCGUAAUGGGGACGUGUGUGACUACGAACUUGCUACUGUCACCUUCGGAGUCAAUUGCGCACCGUACCUCGCCCUUCGCGUCAUUAAGCAACUCGCACAAGAGGUGCGCCCACAGUUGCCAAUGGCAAGCGACAUCCUGGAGAGCUACAUGUACGUGGACGACGUGCUGGCUGGUGCUCCACUCAGUCGCAGGCAAUCACCGCCAUUUCAGAGUUACGCAAAGCACUCGACUCCGCGGGGUUUCCACUCCGAAAAGCUUGAAGAAAGUAGCAUCGCUAAGACAUUGGGGAUCCGAUGGCAAGCCAGUGCCGAUGAAUUCUUCUUUGCUCCUCCCGAAGUACUUCAACGGGAGUCCUGUACGAAGCGCAAAGUGCUAUCGCAGAUUGCGCAGCUGUUCGAUCCAGCGGGAUGGCUUGCCCCCUUUGUCAUCCAAGCCAAAAUUUUCAUGCAGGAAAUUUGGCUAAGAGAGUUAGGGUGGGAUGACGUCCUCCCUAGCGAUCUAUCGCAAACCUGGGAGACGUUCCUGAAGAGUUUUCCGGCCAUCCAGGAUAUCCGCAUUUCGCGGUGGUUGCACGUUUGUCCGAUGACCAAGGUGCAGAUACAUGGCUUCUGCGACGCGUCUCAACGUGCCUAUGGGGCAGCGAUUUACAUCCGAGUUGAGCGACCGCAGGGCAUUGUCUGUGCCCUUCUCACAGCCAAAACCCGCGUGGCCCCGUGA